AUGCUCAGAUUAUCCUCAAACUCCUCAGAUUAUCCUCAGACUACUCCUCAAACUCCUCAGUCUAAUCCUCAGACUCCUCCUCAGAUUAUCCUCAAACUACUCCUCGGUCUAAUCCUCAGACUCCUCCUCAGAUUAUGCUCAGAUUAUCCUCAAACUCCUCAGAUUAUCCUCAAACUCCUCAGACUACUCCUCAAACUCCUCAGACUACUCCUCAAACUCCUCAGACUACUCCUCAAACUCCUCAGAUUAUCCUCAAACUCCCCAGACUACUCCUCAAACUCCUCAGAUUAUCCUCAAACUCCUCAGACUACUCCUCAAACUCCUCAGAUUAUCCUCAGACAACUCCUGAAACUACUCCUCAGACAACUCCUCAGAUUAUCCUCAAACUCCUCAGAUUAUCCUCAAACUCCUCAGAUUAUCCUCAAACUCCUCAGAUUAUCCUCAAACUCCUCAGAUUAUCAUCAAACUCCUCAAACUACUCCUCGGUCUAAUCCUCAGACUCCUCCUCAGAUUAUCCUCAAACUACUCCUCGGUCUAAUCCUCAGACUCCUCCUCAGAUUAUGCUCAGAUUAUCCUCAAACUCCUCAGAUUAUCCUCAAACUCCUCAGACUACUCCUCAAACUCCUCAGACUACUCCUCAAACUCCUCAGACUACUCCUCAAACUCCUCAGAUUAUCCUCAAACUCCCCAGACUACUCCUCAAACUCCUCAGAUUAUCCUCAAACUCCUCAGACUACUCCUCAAACUCCUCAGAUUAUCCUCAGACAACUCCUGAAACUACUCCUCAGACAACUCCUCAGAUUAUCCUCAAACUCCUCAGAUUAUCCUCAAACUCCUCAGAUUAUCCUCAAACUCCUCAGAUUAUCCUCAAACUCCUCAGAUUAUCAUCAAACUCCUCAAACUACUCCUCGGUCUAAUCCUCAGACUCCUCCUCAGAUUAUCCUCAGAUUAUCACUUUACAUAUAUAUAUCGAUAACUAAAUAA